GCCAUGCUGCGGAUCCUGUGUCUGGCACUCUGCGGCCUGCUGACCCGCACACGGGCAGACCCUGGGGCACUGCUGCGGCUGGGCAUGGACAUCAUGAACCGCGAGGUCCAGAGUGCCAUGGAUGAGAGUCACAUCCUGGAGAAGAUGGCAGCUGAGGCGGGCAAGAAACGGCCAGGGGUGAAACCCAUCAAGGGCAUCACCAACCUGAAAGUGAAGGACGUGCAGCUGCCUGUCAUCACGUUAAGCUUCAUACCUGGGGUGGGCAUCUUCCAGUGUGUGUCCACGGGCAUGACCAUCACGGGCAAGAGCUUCAUGGGAGGGAACAUGGAGAUCAUCGUGGUCCUGAACAUCACAGCCACCAACCGGCUUCUGCAGGACAAGGAGACAGGCCUCCCCACGUUCAAGAGUGAGGGCUGUGAGGUCAUCCUGGUCAGCGUGAAGACCAACCUGCCUAGCAACAUGCUGCCUAAGGUGGUCAACAAGUUCCUGUACAGCACCCUACACAAGGUCCUCCCCGGCCUGAUGUGUCCAGCCAUCGAUGCGGUCCUGGUGUAUGUGAACAGGAAGUGGGCCAACCUGAGUGCCCCCAUGCCCGUGGGCCAGGUGGGCACCGUCAAAUACGUCCUGACAUCCAUCCCGACCACCACAGCCAGCUACAUCCAAGUGGACCUCAAUCCUGUGGUGCAGCAGCAAGAGGGCAACACCAUCGAGCCUGCCGAUGCCGGGGAGCCCCUCGAGUUCCCCGAGGACUAUGCUAAAGGCUCCUCACAGCUGCUGCUCUCGGCCGCCUUCCUCACAGCAGAGCUUGCCCUUCUGCAGAAGUCCUUUGAUGUGAACGUCCAGGAUAUGGUGAUUGGCAAGCUCCCCUCACAAACCACCGAGACGCUGGCUGCCUUCAUCCCUGAAGUGGCUGAGGCCUAUCCCAAGCCGAAGCCCUUAGUGGCCCAGAUCAGGAUCAACAAGCCCCCCACAGUCACCGCGAAGACAGGCAAGAGCUUGCUGCACCUCCACGGCACCCUGCAGAUGUUCGCUGCCCGGCGGCGGGGCAGGGCUCCCGUGUCCCUCUUUCUCCUGGAAAUUCACUUCAACCUGAGAAUCCAGUACUCAGUCCGCGAGGACAGGCUGCAGAUGGCCACCUCUCUGGACAGAUUGCUGAGCCUGUCCCGGGCAUCCUCAUCUGUUGGCACCUUCAAUGUGAAGGAAUUGACUGGCUUCAUCAAGGGUUAUCUCCAAGAAGCCUACAUCCCGGUCAUCAACGAUGUGCUCCAAGUUGGGCUCCCACUCCCGGGCUUUCUGGACAUGAAUUACAACCUGGCCGAGGUGGACAUAACUGAGAACGCCCUGCUGCUGGACCUGAAGCUGGACUGA